UCAGGGAGAGGAGUUUGAGGGAGAAAGCGCUCGUAGUCCAUUUGGUUUCUUUCCCCUGCCCGCGUCGGACUUCUUGUUUUGUUUUGUUGGGUUUUUGUUUUGGUUGGGGCUUUUUGUUUUGUUUGGUUUUGUUGUUUCUUUUGGGAUUUUUUUUUUUUUUUUUUGUUUUAAAGAGCGACUCUCGGAGGAGCUUGGUUCUCGGGGUAAAUGCUGAUGAGCCGAGAAACCUCUGAGAUAAUAUUACUUUGUAAUUACUUUUUUAGCUGAAGUUGUUUAGCCAGCUCCAAGUCAUUAAUGAAAGUUGGUGUCCAAGCACCUGAUUUACGAUUCCGUGCUGGCCCGGGGUCAGCAGAGGUGGUCUCUUUCCAUCUGAAUCUGCUCAGUGUAGGGAACAAAAUAGGCUGUUUAUUAUUUUGGAGAGCAAUUUUCGCUGAAAGUAGGAGUUUUAUUUUUGCACGUAACAUUCCGCCUCUUUAUUGCAGACUCUUCAGAAAACAGCUCUUAACAAAAUAAAACAAAAACAAAACAAAACAAAAAAAAAGGCGCAAGAUUAAAGGGUAACUUCUAAACUGGAAGCGCCAGAGGAGUACACUGGGCAGAUGGGAAUCUUCCUCCUUUAAUAUGAGCAACAAUUAAUGGAAACAUCCUUUUUAUUGCCGAAGCCGAUCUGUUCUGUUUAAACACGAACGAGACUUCCGACUUUCCGCGCCUGGGCGCGGGCUCGGCGCGGCUCUCCCCGCAGAGAGGGAUGUGCGAGUGCGGAGGGGCCGGAGGGGCUCGGGGAGCCUGGCCCUGUCCUUGUCCUUGUCCUCGGCGUGGGCAGCAGCCCCGCGGGGGGAUCAGACGCAGAGCAUUUCGAGCCCGCGGUGCGCGGCCAUGAGCCCCUCGCCGCUCGCAGGGACCCGGCGGAGCUCCUGCUCUAACCCCGCUGUGCUCUCUCCGCCAGGUUACAGCGCCGUGGCCUUUGACGGGACCCCCAGCUACGGCCACACGCCGUCCCACCCCGCCGCUCAGUUCACCAACCACUCCUUCAAACACGAGGACCCCAUCAGCCAGCAGCCCUCCCUAGGGGACCAGCAGUACUCGGUGCCUCCCCCGGUGUACGGUUGUCACACGCCGACCGACAGCUGCACAGGCAGCCAGGCGCUGCUCCUCCGGACGCCCUACAACAGCGACAAUUUAUACCAGAUGACCUCACAGCUUGAAUGCAUGACAUGGAAUCAAAUGAACUUGGGAUCCACGCUGAAAGGACAUACAGCAGGAUAUGAAAAUGAGAACCACAGUGCUCCCAUGUUGUACAGCUGUGGGGCCCAGUACAGAAUACACACUCAUGGAGUCUUCAGAGGCAUACAAGAUGUCCGGCGCGUGCCCGGAGUGGCUCCGACCAUCGUGCGGUCGGCGAGCGAGACCAACGAGAAGCGUCCCUUCAUGUGUGCCUACCCUGGCUGCAACAAGAGAUACUUCAAGCUGUCCCACCUGCAGAUGCACAGCAGAAAACACACUGGAGAAAAGCCUUACCAGUGUGAUUUUAAAGACUGUGAACGAAGAUUUUCUCGUUCAGACCAACUCAAAAGGCACCAAAGACGACACACAGGUGUGAAGCCCUUUCAGUGUAAAACCUGUCAGAGAAAGUUCUCCAGAUCUGAUCAUCUGAAGACUCAUACCAGGACUCAUACAGGUAAAACAAGUGAAAAGCCUUUCAGCUGCCGGUGGCCCAGCUGUCAAAAAAAAUUUGCCAGGUCUGAUGAAUUAGUUCGUCAUCACAACAUGCACCAGAGGAACAUGACUAAACUGCAGUUGGCCCUUUAG